AUGCCCAUCGUCGCCAUCUACCUUCGCCUCCUUAUAUCCCCCUCCGGCUCCGAUCCUUCUACCUCCAUCGAUCUCCCCACCAUGGACGCCAACGCCAAUGCCCUCGGCAUGGACGCCAUCACCAACGAAACCGUCGACCUGGAGCAUAUCCCUGUGGAGGAGGUCUUCGAGCACCUCAAAUGCACCCGCGACGGCCUCACCUCCGCCGCUGCCCAGGAGAGGAUCGACGCCUUUGGCUACAACAAGCUGGAAGAGAAGCAGGAAAGCAAAGUGCUCAAGUUCCUGGGCUUCAUGUGGAACCCCCUUUCCUGGGUCAUGGAGGCGGCAGCCAUAAUGGCUAUCGCCCUUGCUCAUGGCGGGACAACCUUUAGGGGAAAGCCAAUGGGCAUAGACUACCAUGACUUUGUCGGAAUUAUGUUACUGCUCAUUAUCAAUUCCACCAUUAGCUUCAUAGAGGAAAACAAUGCCGGCAAUGCUGCUGCUGCGCUUAUGGCCCGCCUCGCACCAAAAUCCAAGGUUUUGCGUGAUGGAACCUGGAGUGAAAUGGACGCGUCUUUGUUGGUGCCCGGUGACAUAAUCAGCAUUAAACUUGGAGACAUCAUUCCAGCAGACGCCCGUCUUCUCGAGGGAGAUCCUCUGAAAAUUGAUCAGUCUGCACUUACGGGAGAAUCGCUACCUGUAACCAAGCAACCUGGUGACGGGAUCUACUCUGGUUCAACCUGUAAGCAAGGUGAAAUAGAAGCAGUUGUUAUUGCCACUGGAAUACAUACUUUCUUUGGAAAAGCAGCUCAUCUCGUCGAGUCAACUACUCAUGUUGGCCACUUUCAGAAGGUUCUCACAUCAAUCGGAAACUUCUGUAUUUGCUCAAUUGCUGCUGGAAUGACUAUUGAGUUAAUCGUGAUGUACGCUAUUCAUGAAAGAGAAUACCGCCAGAUUGUUGAUAACCUCCUAGUGCUUCUUAUUGGAGGAAUUCCAAUUGCCAUGCCCACGGUUCUUUCUGUCACUAUGGCUAUUGGAUCACACAAACUAGCGCAGCAGGGUGCUAUUACCAAGAGGAUGACUGCCAUAGAAGAAAUGGCUGGAAUGGAUGUCCUUUGUAGCGACAAAACAGGAACUCUGACACUCAACAAACUAAAUGUUGACAAGAAUUUAAUUGAGGUUUUUGCUAGAGGCAUGGAGAAGGAUGACAUUGUCUUAAUGGCCGCAAGAGCUUCUAGACUAGAGAAUCAAGAUGCUAUUGAUUUUGCUAUUGUUUCGAUGUUGCCAGAUCCGAAAGAGGCACGUGCCAGCAUUCAAGAAGUUCAUUUCCUCCCAUUCAAUCCAACUGACAAGAGAACAGCACUCACAUACUUAGACGCUGGGGGUAAAAUGCACAGGGUUAGCAAAGGCGCUCCUGAACAGAUCCUGAAUCUAGCAUCGAACAAGUCUGAGAUUGAAAGGAAGGUCCAUCAUGCUAUUGGCAAUUAUGCAGAGAGAGGGCUACGAUCGCUUGCUGUUGCCUAUCAGGAAGUACCUGAAGGGACUAAGGAAAGUCCUGGUGGGCCUUGGCAAUUUAUUGGUCUUCUCCCACUCUUUGAUCCUCCUCGCCAUGACAGUGCUGAAACUAUACGCAGAGCUCUUGACCUUGGAGUCAGUGUAAAAAUGAUUACAGGUGAUCAGUUGGCUAUAGCUAAAGAGACUGGCCGGAGACUAGGAAUGGGCACAAACAUGUAUCCUUCUUCAUCAUUGCUGGGUGACAAAAAAGAAGGUGACAUUGCAGUUCUACCAGUGGAUGAGUUGAUUGAACAAGCGGAUGGGUUUGCUGGAGUUUUCCCAGAGCACAAAUAUGAGAUUGUGCAGAGGUUGCAAGCCAGAAAGCACAUAUGUGGGAUGACUGGAGAUGGAGUUAAUGAUGCACCUGCUCUGAAGAUAGCAGAUAUUGGUAUUGCUGUGGCUGAUGCUACUGAUGCUGCUCGAGGUGCUUCUGAUAUAGUUCUGACGGAACCUGGAUUGAGUGUGAUCAUCAGUGCUGUACUAACCAGUCGGGCAAUUUUCCAAAGAAUGAAAAAUUAUACUAUAUAUGCUGUAUCUAUAACCAUACGUAUUGUGCUUGGCUUUUUGCUCUUGGCAUGCUUUUGGAAGUUUGACUUCCCUCCGAUGCUGGUUCUUGUGAUAGCUAUUCUUAAUGAUGGAACCAUUAUGACUAUAUCCAAAGACAAGGUGAGGCCAUCUCCCCAUCCAGACAGUUGGAAGCUAGCGGAGAUAUUUGCAACUGGAGUGAUCAUUGGGGCGUAUUUGGCUGUAACCACGGUGCUGUUCUUUUGGGCAAUUUACAAGACGGAUUUUUUUGUGAGGGUUUUCCACGUUAGAAGUCUGAAAAGGAUCGAAAAAACAGGAGACAACCAGAAUCAAUUUGCCGACAACAUGGAGAUGUUGGCCUCUGCAGUGUACCUUCAAGUGAGCACCAUUAGCCAGGCGUUGAUAUUUGUGACGAGGUCGAGGGGCUGGUCCUUCAUGGAGAGGCCUGGCCUGCUGCUGAUGGGCGCAUUCGUGAUAGCGCAGCUGAUCGCGUCUGUGCUGGCGGCCAAGGUGAGCUGGGAGCUUGCGGGCAUCAAAGGCAUCGGGUGGGGGUGGACCGGCGUGAUCUGGCUGUACAACAUCGUGGUGUACCUGCUGCUGGACCCUAUCAAGUUCGCGGUGCGGUACGGGCUGAGCGGCAAGGCCUGGAACCUGGUGAUCGACCACAAGGUGGCCUUCACGAACCGCAAGGACUUCGGCAAGGAGGCCCGGGUGGCGGCGUGGGCGCACCAGCAGCGCACGCUGCAUGGGCUGGAGAGCGCCGGGGCCGGCCGGGAGAAAGCGGCGUCGGUGGAGCUGGGGCAGAUGGCGGAGGACGCCCGGCGGCGCGCGGAGCUCACCAGGCUGCGGGAGCUGCACACCCUCAAGGGCAAGGUGGAAUCGGUGGUGAAGCUCAAAGGGCUGGACCUGGAGGACAUCAACAACCAGCACUACACGGUGUGA